CACAUUGAUUGGCAUAAAUCUGAAGCUCUACCAAGGACGAUCGUGCAUUGUGCUUGUCUAGUGCCGAUAGUCUUUCACACAGUAUCUAACCCACUGUCCACAGGCAGUUCGUAGAUAUGGCAGAGUACCGGGAUCCAUUCGAUGAUUCAGAUGAUUUCUCCGAUGGCACUGAGUCUUCAGUUUCUUCCUAUGAUUACGAUCUCACCCUGAUGGAUGGAAAUGGACUUGAGGAUAUCAAGAGAACAGCGCAUGAGAGUCUGAACCUUGGAAACGGGUACCAGGGAACCUGGUAUGGCCAAGAAGCUUUCCGCGAGUUCUAUCAAAACUGGCGCGAUGGCAUCGUGCGCAGCUUCAAUAUCGACCCGAGCGACUUCCGCACAGAGACGCAGACGCUGAAAAUGCAAAUCAUCAUCAGGGCCAUAAGCCCUCACACGAAGAACCUGAUGGGAUAUAUCCAAUUCAAGUGGGAUAAAAACAAUCUUGGCACUCUCCAGCUUGUUAAUUUCAACGCUGCUCUUCAUAAGGACCAUCUGGUGAAUGGUGGGACGACAAAAGCCUAUGACAAAACCCAGAGCGGUCAAUAUGGUGAGGGUAUGAAGUUGGCGGCUCUGAUCAUGCGGAGAAGACCUCAGAAUCACACCGUUCGGAUACUCAGUUCAGGCUUCAUGUGGAAUUUCAGUUUCAAUUCCAAGGCAGUACUGACAUGCACUCUGACGAAAGAGAAAGAGGACAAGUUGCGCAAACUGAAAGCGAAGGAGGAGGACCGCAAAAAACAACACAAGCCUCGAGAAUUGAAGCCUAAUAUCUGGGAAGAUGUCGCCGUGCAGAUUGGGAGCGGUCGCAGUGAAAGAACGCAGGAUAGGAUUAACCAGAGAAAGAAGAAGAGUGAUAAGAUCCGGCUUGCCGACUUCAAAAGGUGGCUCGAAGUUUCAAUCGACAUAGCGCCCCCGACAAACAUUGUACGAACUCGAGAAGGCGAUCUCAUUCUGAAUCGUGAAUACAAAAACAAGACCUACCUGAAAGGUCUAUUACUCCCUAAUUCAAGCGUCAGCGGCAAGCCCUUGAAAUACGGGUACAACUUCCGGGAGGGUGAUACGAGUCGGGAUAGAACUAGUAUGGCUUAUGCUGAUGACGAGGCAUUCAUAAUUGCGAAGAUCUGGGGAGCAGCGUUACGCGCCGACGGAGACAUCUUCACCGAAGAUUCGCUCAUUGCGAGAUACACGAAGCUUUUAGAAAAGACAUUUGGUGGACACAAAGAUUAUGCGGAUGUUCACGACGCUGACUGCCAUGCCUCAGAGUCCACAGUCAAGAAAGUGUGGGCAUACAUGCUCAGUCCAGCCAAGUAUCGAAAUGGAAAAGCGCCAUUUUACUACAGCCCGACUGAUAGCACUGACGCAUCAAAGAUAAUCCGAGAUUGCCUAAAGCGCGAGCCGGUCCUGGUUGAGGAGCGCCUAUGGAAUAUGUUCUGCCGGCACCACUUGUGCCGUACGCCGGAUAAGGAGCGUUACCAUCGAUUCCACAAAGCUGCGCUAUCUGAUCUCUCAAACGCAACUUGUUUCGCAAACCACAUGCUGCAAACUUUAGCGGCUUGCCUCCGCUCUGACCCAGCCACCAGCGACAUGAAGCUCAGCUUCGUAGACACCAGAGAUCUGGGCCUUGAUGUAAUUUACUUACGGAAAGAAAGGAUGUGGAAAAUAAAUGACAAAUGGCUAACCUUCGACGGAGCCCACGAGCAUACGGCGUGCGUUUUGGACCAAGAUGACACCAGAUUUCAUCUUCUCCACGAGCUCUUCCUGUGCGACCAUGCAGCUACCUCUUUGUUCAGGAUCAUGAUAGACGAGCUUUCUGGCCAAGAUACUGGCAACACGCCUCUAAAAGAACUCAAGAUUCGUCUUGAAAGCAAUGGCUCCAUUCGGAUCCCCCAGAUGGUUCGCGCAGUGAGGUUGAGUGUCAAACCUGAAGCAUUGAUGGUCACGUGGAAGUCAUCUGGACGGCUGGCUAUGAUAUCAGGUCAUUGCAAACAGCAGACAUCCGUCGUUCUCCAUCGUACAGAUACAUGUAGAGAUAAGCGAAAUAUCCCGUUGUACAGGGAAGAAGAAGAGUCCUGUGACUGCCCAAAGCAGACGGUUCCUCCUACAUGUCACAAAGCUUUAUUCAACAACCUUAGCGCAGAUCAUUUCUAUUUCCCCAUGAUCUGUACGGCCGAGCAUGGCUCUUUUUACGCCGUUCCUCCCCCGAGUAAAAGGCCCCUCAAUGGUGAAGAAACAGCAGCUGCAGGUCUUAAGAAGGAACCUUCAGAAACCGACCUCGUCCAUAUAUCAUCGGGGGACUCCUCGUCCGACUCUGAUAUCGAUGCUUCCGAACCUUUCUCUCCAGGCUUACAAACCCCUAUCGAGAGUCCUCGUACUGCAAGUCGUCCCUCGACCCGACACUCGUUCCCUCAGUCUGCAACUGUUGAUCGUACAUCGCACUCUUCCCCCAUUCGGGCAACUCCCGAUAAAGAUCUCUCGAAUAUCGAUGACGUGCUAAGUCAGCUCAGAGACUACAAUUCCAAAGCGCAAGAGGCUUUGAAAUCUAUGAAUACUGAAGCAGCAUGGAGAAUCUUGUUUGAAACCCAGAUUGAACAUAAGGACCUUGGCUGGGAGGCCUUUCCUGGUAACCACGACUGGUACCGCGCGAUUAACAGAAAUGGCCAGAGCGGCUUCUUUGCACGUUCCCGGGCACCACCUGCCGAGGACGAGACGUACGCCGAUAGUGACUACCAGGUCACCGCCAAAUCCGCCGCUGCUGCUUUGCAAGACAUGGAGCGCUGCAUGCUCACUCUCUCCGCUCGCAAUGAGAAGCUGGGGGACAGGGAGCUUCGAGAACCCCGCUCGUCAAAGCCUGUCAAAUUUACAAACCCCAAAGCUUCCGCAAAUGCUAGACCCACCACAGCGACUCCCCAUGCUGAUGUGGGUGUCAAUGGCAGUGCACGCGAAGAUAGGGCUAUUAGUCAGGAUAGUCUCUACAGAUUGACGCCGCGACCUCAAGAAAGGCCACAGCUUCCAGAUCAAGGCCCAGUUCAGGCUUCAGUUCUCGGAAUCAGCCGGAACACUCCAAUCCGGACUAUUCAAAGCGUUACCCAGUUUACUGGUAUGUCGCCUCCUCACAGCAAGCGCGCUUACUGCGAGAGCGUAUCCGACCAUGAUGGGAAGAGUGAGAACGAAGAAAACUCGACGGUGAAACGCUUCCGCCACUUGUGAAGCUUUGGCAGGUAACACAUUUUUGUGUGAUACUGAAAGAGCGUCCGAUGUGGUUGGAAG